UUGGAGAUGGGUGGGAGUCAUUUUGUAGGGACUUGGUGGAGGGAUGCGUCCCCAGCCCCUACCCUCAGGCAGGUGCUGCUGGCAAUGAUUUGUGCCAGGGGUGCCCCGGAGGGUGGGCACCAGGUGCUCGGUCCUACAGUGCUGCUCAUGAGGAUGCUGACCCCUGAUGUAGGGAGCUCAGGGGCUCCGGUUUCCCCCAUGGGAUCGGGACACAGCUGGGCUGCUGCUUCCCUGCCUAAGGUUGGGGUUGUUGGGUCUCAGGGGACCCAGGUGGUACUGGAUCCUGAGCUCCCCCUGUACCCUUUGGAGGCCAGUAGGGCUAGGAAUCCUGAUGGGAGCUCUUUGACCCAGCUCUCAGACUUCCCCAUCCCAGUCUUGCCCUUCCACUCUUACGUCUGCCCCUGUACCAGGGACAGAGCCCCUUCCAUUGCCCUUCCCACAUGGGGCUGGGUGCUGUGGGGUGGCUGAGUGGCAAUCCCAGCUCUCAUGCUGCUGCUCCUGCAUGUGGGUGCUGCCCAGAGCAUGCCCAGGCACUGCCCUUCACCUUUUUGCUUGCCUGCUAACCGCAGGGUAAGGAUGGCUCCAGCCCGUGCCCAGCCUCCAGCUGCAGGAAUGAAAACCCUAAGAGUUUUGUCCAUGACAGGAAAUUCCUGGGAUGCUGGGACAUGAUGUAAAAACCCAGUGCUGGCCUGGCACAAGGCAGCAGCUCUCUGGCAGCCUUCUGCUUUGCUCCGUGCCGCUGGGAGGCAGCUCUGUCCUCUCCCAUUUCCUACAAAUCUCUUUUUCAGAUCACUCAGCAACUGCAAGAUCUAUUCAAAGUUCUCUUGUCCCUCCAAAAGCCUUUCUGAGACAUGUGAAGAAAUUCCUCUGCUGCUCACGGUCCUGUUUAACAUUUAGUCAGGAAUUCAUUUAGUCCCACAGCAAUCAGCCUGAAUGGAAAGCAGAUGACUCUGAGUUAUUUCCCCAUCUCCGGUGCUGCUCGGGGCCCUUCACCAUCCCAACCACUCAGAGCCCUGGGUGGAGGGCAGGAGGGGGUGUCUCCUUCAGGUGGCAGGAUGCCAUGCCUGACCCUGGGCUGAGGUUUCCCUGGAGCUGCUGGAACCGCUCACACAGCCCCACAACCCAAGCAGCCCCUCCUCACCUGCAUCCGCUUCCUAUUUGCAAGCCGGGAAUUUCAAGCUUUUCUACCAGACAUAUGGAAAUUCCUCCUUAAUAGAGACCUUUCUCAGGCUCUAAGGAUUUUUGCUUUUGCAUAAUAGUAUUUCUGUAAGAGCUGAGUGGAUUUUAUUUUAUUUUUUUUCCUAUAUGGGAUUUCUUAUAUGCUUCAGGGAUUAUUUGGUGCAAGGGUGGGAGCCUGGCACUGGGAUGUCCCCAUUCCAAUAGGUGCUGGGUGCAGAGCCUCCUCGUGCCAUGCCACAGCCUGACCCAUUGCAGCCAGUGUUUUUUUUUUCUGCAAGAGAUUAACAAGCAAUUCGAACUGAUCCGGUGUGACUCACAUGGCACAGACGCACUGUGCUCACAGCACAGAAAUCUGCCUUUGGGUGGCAUUUCCUCAGUCAGACGCUGUGGUUCACACACAAAAUUCUCAACACAUCACGGACGAAACAACGCCACAAUGCCAAAAGUAUGAAUUGAGGCAAAAUAUGAUGAAAAAAUCAACCUGGAGCUGGCUGGCAUCUCACAGCUCCAGCUUUAUGACUGUUGAGUUUUGUAGAGGUUUAAUUUAAGCAAAGCAGUUUGCAGAUAGUAAUUAGCACAGGAUAAUUUCACUGUGGAAGCCAGCUCAUAUCUUACCAGAAUCUCAAACACCUUUUCUUCUUGGUGCCCUUUACUUUGCUGACCUCUUUGGAGGCAUCUCCUGGCACAUGAUGCAAAGUGGUGCAGUGCUUAAAAACAGUGAUGCCAGGGGAGCGGAUGGUCCCUGUCUGUCUGUAACCGGUCUGAAAGAUGGCAGCUCUGCAUGCAAAGCACCGGAGCAGAGCUGUCAGCCUCUGCUGGGAGAGAAAAGCCCUGUUAUGAGAGAGGAUGAAAGAGGUUAUUAGUCCUAAAAAAAGGGCUGAAAGAGAGCCUCGGUGUGAGAUAUCCACCUGAAUCAAUGAGGUGUGCAGCUCGCUGUUGUCUGGGACAAAGGUGCUCUGGAAUCCUUAAAUACUGCAUUUUGCAAUUUGUUUUCAUUCAGAUGAUCAGCCCAGGCUUUGUGUGGUGGGUGAGGAUCCGUGUGAUCUGGGUGAUGCAGUCCCCUCUGUGCCUCACCUACCCUUGUGCUCCCACCACCCCACCUGCCAGAGACCUCAGGGAGCACAGCUGAUGUCUCAGCAGGGAUGCUGCAGCACAGUCUGUCCACCGUCUGCAAACAUGGUUUGUUGUGGGUUGUGGCUGUACACUGGGUUAAUUAGUGGGUAUGGCCAAAAUGAGGAAUUGCUAAAUCAGAGAGCUCAGUUAAGGAGCUGCAGAAGGGCUGCCAGGUGGCAGAGGUGUUUUGUAGUGGUAUUAUAUUUAGGUCAUGGUUUUACUUUGCAGCCUGAAGCUUUUCCUCCAGCCCGUAUCCUGUGGCUAUGGCAUGCAACAGGGAUGGGUUUUUAGGGCUGGCUGCUGCAGCCAGGGUUGGGUUUUGAUGCCAGCCUUUUGCUCAGGUGAGCAUCUCAGGUUGGCUCUGGGAAGAGCUGCCAGCUCAUCCCACACCAGGUGGAUUCACUUGGUGCUGGUGGGCAGGAGCAGGGUGAGAGCAUGCAGCCAUUGCAGAAUGGCUCUUGGUCUCCAUGGGAACUGGCAGCAGGAUCAGCCCAGGCUGGACGGAGAGGAGAAGAAGGAUGAGGAGGAAGGUGGUGUGCCACCUUGUACAGAACACUCUGCAUCCCAAUGGGAAGGAGGACCCACAGCUCUGGGCUUAUCCCCCCACAUCCACAUGUCAAAAUCUGGUUCUCUGUGGUCUAUGAACUCAGGCAGAGAUGGUUGUUUUUCUCUUUUAAGACUCCAGAAGAAGGGGAGGGGACUCCAAGCUGGGAAUCCCCCUGCCCUGGUCCUGGUGUCCUGUUAGCAGGGACACCUCUGUCCUCUCCCCUCACUGGAGAUGAACCCAACGCACCCCACAAGAAGAGGGCUCUUCCCAGGCCAUACUCACACCCGUGUUUUGAAGAUGAGAAAACCUUGAUGUGACCCCUUGAGAUGGUUUAUUGAUGAACCCCUGGCCACCCUCUCCUAUUCCUGCACCCUCUCUCAUUCAGCCGGUGACACCAGAGCUCCUGGUGAGCCCCAGCAGCCAGGACGGAGACCUGGGCUCCCAGUGCCCUGAAGACAGAGGGAACUGGACGGGACGUCUGGAUUUCCUCCUCUCCUGCAUCGGGUACUGCGUGGGCCUGGGAAACGUCUGGAGGUUCCCCUACAGGGCUUAUACCAAUGGAGGAGGAGCUUUCUUGGUUCCUUACUUCAUCAUGCUGGCCAUCUGUGGGAUCCCCAUCUUCUUCAUGGAGCUGUCACUCGGGCAGUUCUCCAGCCUGGGGCCGCUUGCUGUCUGGAAGAUCAGCCCUCUGUUUAAAGGCAUUGGCAUGGGCACCAUCCUCAUCGUCUCCCUGGUGGCCAUUUACUACAAUAUGAUCAUUGCUUACGUUCUCUUCUACCUCUUUGCAUCCCUCACAAGCGACUUGCCCUGGCAGCACUGCGGCAACUGGUGGAACACUGACCUGUGCCUGGAUCACCGCAUCAUCAAGGCGGGGAACACCACCCUCCCCGUCAACAUCUCCAACACCGUCAGCCCCAGCGAGGAGUACUGGAGCCGCUACGUUCUGCACAUCCAAGGGAGCUCCGGGAUCGGGGACCCUGGCAGGAUCCGCUGGAACCUGUGUCUGUGCCUGCUCCUUUCUUGGACCAUUGUGUACCUGUGCAUCUUAAAGGGAGUCAAAUCCUCUGGCAAGGUCGUGUACUUCACUGCCACCUUCCCAUACCUCAUCCUGGUGAUGCUGCUUAUCCGUGGCGUGACACUGGAGGGGGCCUGGAAGGGAAUCCGCUUUUACCUCACGCCCCAGUUUGACCACUUGCUGACUUCCAAGGUGUGGAUCGAAGCAGCCCUGCAGAUUUUCUACUCCCUUGGGGUAGGCUUUGGGGGCCUCCUCACCUUUGCCUCAUACAACACCUUUCAUCAGAACAUCUACAGGGACACCUUCAUAGUCACCCUGGGCAAUGCCAUCACCAGCAUUCUGGCGGGGUUUGCCAUCUUCUCUGUUUUGGGAUACAUGUCCCAGGAGCUCGGGGUCCCCGUCAACCAGGUGGCCAAAGCAGGUCCUGGCCUGGCUUUUGUGGUGUACCCCCAGGCCAUGACAAUGCUCCCCCUUUCUCCAUUCUGGUCUUUCCUCUUCUUCUUCAUGCUGUUAACCUUGGGCCUGGAUAGCCAGUUUGCCUUUAUGGAGACUAUUGUGACGGCAGUGACAGAUGAAUUUCCCUACUACCUGCGACCAAAGAAAGCUGUUUUUUCGGCUGCCAUCUGCGUUGGUCUCUUCCUAAUGGGACUGAUCCUCACAACAGAGGGCGGGAUGUACUGGCUGGUCCUGCUGGAUGACUACAGCGCUGGCUUUGGUCUCAUGGUGGUGGUGAUCACUACCUGCCUGGUAGUGACACGUGUCUAUGGCAUGAAGAGGUUCUGCAGAGACAUUCACAUGAUGCUGGGCUUCCAACCAGGGCCCUACUUCAGAGCCUGUUGGAUGGUCCUGUCCCCAGCUACGAUGAUGGCACUGCUGGUGUACAACAUUGUCAAGUACCAGCCCUCUGAGUAUGGCAGCUACCGCUUCCCUGCCUGGGCUGAGGCCCUGGGCAUCCUCAUGGGGCUCUGCUCCUGCCUGAUGAUUCCUGCAGGCAUGCUCAUGGCUGUGCUGCAAGAGGAAGGGACGCUGUGGGAGCGCUUCCAGCAAGCCAGCCGUCCCACCAUGGACUGGGGCCCAUCGCUGGAGGAGAACCGGACUGGUACAUAUGUGGGCAGCCUGGCUGGCAGCCAGUCUCCCAAACCACUGAUGGUCCACAUGCGGAAAUACGGGGGCAUCACCAGCUAUGAGAACACGGCCAUUGAGGUGGACAAGGAGAUCGAGGAGGAAGAGGAAGAGUCCAUGAUGUGAAGGGAUAAGCUCUCCGCUUUACACUUUGGUACUUCAAGCUGGCUCAGGGCUGGGGAGGCUUUUCAGAUCUGCUGGCCCUGCUGGACCCUUCAUCACCACUGCAGCCCUGCCAGGACAGAGAUGCUGCCUGUCCUGUCACCCCCAAGGUGUUUGUGUUCAGUGUGGCAAGGUGUGCAACGAGUCCAUAUGUUCAUGUGACAAUGUCUGUGCAAGCAUUUGGGUUGCCCCAAGCCCUUGGCCCCAGCCCAGGGAUGCUUGGUGCAGAAGGAGGCAGUCCUUUGAGUUCAUGAGUUCUCUGCUAAUAUGUGUUUAACUCCAGCAACCCACAAACACAUGUGAGAAAGAAUUUCAAUAUCCUAAAUGCCCUGAGGAAGGUCUGUGUCAGUGCCCUCAGAGACACCCCAGCAAAACCAGGGUGCAUCAGCAUCCUGCUGAAAUCUGACCUAAUAAAUGAGCAGUCAAAAAUAGUAAGAAGGAAAUAAAGUGCUUUAUAAAUAAACUGGUCUGGGACAUCCUGAGAUUGUAGGCCCAUACAGGAGCAGGGCUCAGGCAAGCUGAAGAAUGGGAAGAGGCUGGGUCUCUGGUUCCCCAUAAAUGCAGGAGCUCAUGCACAGGAGUCAACCGGACCCAGCACCAAAGCAUGCAAGUGCAGCUGCCCCCAGGGUACCUCCUGCCUGGGUAGAGGAAGAGGAGCUCACACAGCAUCCAUAAGGGCACAUCCAGAGGGGAUUCCAGGCACAUGAGGCACAGAUACCUGGUGCGUUGUCCAAGGCAUCUCUGUUCCACUAAGGUAAAAACCACGAUGAAGGAUAAACAGAAAAAUGAGGGCUUAUGCCUGGGUUAUGCCUGUAGCCCUGAUGUACUGGGCUCUCCAGGGCAAACCUGGCACGAGGCUUUUCUGGCACGGCCAUGUCAUCACAUCACCCAUGUGUGCCAGGCUCCACUGUGCUGCACAGCACAUAGCCACCUCGGGGAGAAACCAGCCAGCCCUCGAGCAGCACCCAGCAGCAGUCUGCGCUGCUCCUCAGUGUCCCUUCCCUAGCACUGUGGGGGAUUUAAUUAUUGCCUUUGCACCUCGGGGUCUGUAGGGAUGUUCUCCAACGCGUCUUUCUCCUGCUGCUUUCCUCCCCACACUGGAGGCACUGAGCACAACUCAGCUCGCUUCCCAGCUGGCUCUGACCUUUAUUCUUCCUCGUCAGACCCCUUCCCUGGGCCCGUUGGGCUGUGGCAGUGCGACCGUGCCGCAAAGCACCUCUGUCCGCUAUCCCCUGGGUUAAUCAUUAGAGGCCGGCCAUAAAAGUGUCGCUGAUGGAAAGUUCAGGCUGUGGCGGCUGGAGAGCGGGGAGGGCCUGCCAUAAACAUUUAUGGCCCCAAUGAAUCCUCGCUCUAACCUUGACACUAUUUGCUGAGCGGGAGGCCUCGGGAGGUCACGGUGCUGCCCAGCCACCGUGGUGUGCGGGCCGGGGGACCCCAGCCAGCCUGGCCCCGUUGAGAGAUGGAUGUGAUGGAGCAGGCGGUGGUCUUGGGCACUUCAUGGCAUCGCUGCUGGCCAAGGAAGCACGGGAGGCACUUGGAACACCCUCACAGGAUGUGGAGAUGGAGGAUUUUGAGCUGGGCACUCUGCUCUGGGCUCUGUGUGGCUCCAUGGGGUCCUGGCCCCAUAUUCCCCCCUGGAAUCCUACAGGCUGCAUGCCUGCCAUCGCUUGGAGGUACAGUGUGAAGGACGGGGCAGGGACACAUCCCCUGGGCACAGCACACUGGGACACAGCACCGCAUCCAUCCCUACGCCUCCAUGCGUUCCACCCUCUGGGGAACACCCUGCUCUGCCACCGCAUUGACCUUGCAGCAACACUUUUUGGCACGGAGCGACGGAAAUACUGCCAAGGGGCAGAGGUUGGCCUUGGGACAGGCGUCUGCCUGCUUCCCUCAGCACAGCCUUCUGCUGACACCUCGUGGGAUCGCAGCACCACUGCAGGCCCGGAGCCGUGCCCUGCCAGCCCGCCCCACGGCUCCACGUCACCCCUGAGUUCCUCCUGCUGCCCUCAGAGCAGCCCAGCGCUGCGUUCCCAUCACCCUGCAAUGGGGACAGACAGGGCUGGGGGUGACGUGAAGCUCCCACGGUGAGCCCAAGAACCCAGGCUUUGCUCUAAGCCUCAUUGCUUUCAAGGGCAGCAAUGGAGGGAUGCAGACGGUCUGAGUCACUGCAGUGACAGAGAAUCAUCCGUUUCCAUGCUCAGAAGUUGUUAGCUAUUUAUUGCACUUGAACACCAAGAAUAAAACGGACAAUCGCCCUCCCGCCCCGCGCCCGGACCCCCGCUGCCCUCCCCACGUAUCGCAUCCGAGUUGAGCAGUGAUCGUUCUGUUUGCAGCCGCAGGUUCUGAAAACAAAGGACAAGGAAACGAUACCAAUCCCUCCCCCCCCCGCAUCGAGAGCCCACUGAAUCCAACGUGGUCGCACUGCUCGAAGGAUUGAGUAAGCAUACAAAAGGAAAAAGGCUUCAGCUGCAACCGUAUGGACUUACAGACACAGGAGAUGGGCAGCCACCCCUCCCCAGGGCCUGGUUUAUGUUGCUUGACAAAGCUUAGUAUACUCUUAAUUAAUAUAUAUAUAUUUUUGCAGUCAUCUUAAAUAAAUAUUUCCAUAGAGAAUUCCUGUAUGCAUAUAUAUAUUU